CAGUGCGCGGCGGUCAGCACCCACUCAUUAGAGAUGAGGGAGCCGCCGCAGAAGUAGAUGUCGUCGAUGAAGAGAGCAGCUUGAUGGGGCCACGAGUGGGGCGACGCCUCCCUACCUCCUACGAUGCGAGCUGUUGAACAGAUAGUGAAGGUGACACUUUCAUGUGAAGAAAAAAGACGCUGAGUUUGAACGACUACGUACUGUGGCGGUGACGUAGAGAAGAAGAAGGGCAAGCCUGGAGAUCAUGCAGGCGUACCAGUACAUCACAGAAGCAGUGGCAAUUGGCUCAAAGGUUAUUGUGUCUUCGCGAUGACAACGACACCAGAGCCUAACGAAGAAACACCGUUCUUAAGCUUUCCCUCUGUCAGAACCAGGAUCAAUCCCCGCCACACACUUGCCCUGCUGGGAUGUCUUGGCCUUGCGGUUGACUAUUGCCAGCGAGUCAACUUGUCAGUUGCCAUUGUGGCCAUGGUGAAGCCCAGCCGUGACAACACUUCUCACUCCUGCCCUUACGCUUUCUACCACUCCAGCAAUGUCCACGCAUUUCCUCAGUCGCACGGGAAUUACUCUACCCAAAUGAUAGCAAUGACAGAAGCGAUGCAGUGGGUACGUGGUGGAAAGGAAUUUUCAUGGGACAAAUGGACGCAAGGGCUGGUGCUCGGAAGCUUUUAUUGGGGUUAUGCCGUCACCAGCGUCUUUGGAGGAAGAAUUAGUGACUACUUGGGUGGCAAGACUGUGAUGGGACUCGGAGUAUUUGCUGCCUCCUUCCUGACACUCAUGACACCCCUGGCUGCCUGUGCAUCCGUGCAGGCACUCGUCAUCACCAGAAUUUUUCUCGGCAUUGCACAGGGCAUAACUAUACCAGCUAUGAACACCAUCCUGGCCUCCUGGUUUUUGCCAACGGAGAGGAUCAAAUAUACUGCUCUUAUAAUGUCAGGCUGUCAGGUGGGGGCUGCAGUGGGCAUGACAUUCAGUGGACUGUUAGCGGACUCCUUCUUACUGCAUGGAUGGCCAUCAGUCUUCUACUUCUUUGGAGCUGUAGGGAUUGUAUGGAGCAUGACUUGGUGCUUCUUAGUUUACAGCCAACCUGAGGACCAUCCUGGUGUUUCCCCUGAACUUCUGAGCAGACUGCAAGAAAACCAGCAUUCUGUCAAGCAAAGGGAGGUUGUGCAAAUCCCAUGGAAGUCCCUCGCUAGUUCAUUGCCUCUAUGGGGAGUUGUUCUGGCUGGUCUGGGUAAUGACUAUGGAUUCUACACCUUUUUGGCUGACCUGCCCACCUACCUGAAUGAUGUUCACCACUUACACAUAACCAGUAUUGGCUUAUUGUCGGCUCUUCCCUUCCUCCUGAUGCUUUUGUGGAGCCUUGCCUGGGGUGCUCUUAUGCACACUCUGAGCAAGAGGAACUUUGUGUCUCUAGUAACAGUUAGGAGGAUGUCCAUGGCUGUAGCUAUGUAUGGACCAGUGGUGGGACUGAUGGUGUUAAUGUUCAUGCAGUACAACAUGGCAGUUACAGUUAGCAUGACUUGUUUGGUGGUAAUGCUUAAUGGGGCAGCCAGCAGUGGGUACCUCUCCUCACUUCAAGAUCUGGCACCCAAUCUUGCUGGGACACUAAUGGGUCUAACAAACACAGUUGGGUCUCUUGCUGGCAUUGGCAGUCCUGCCCUUACUGGUUAUAUUACUGGAGAGAGUAAGACUGAAUGGCCAUGGAGGAUUGUGUUCCUCAUUAUUGCUGUGUUAUAUUUUGCCACAUGCACAUUCUACUUGAUCAUCAUAUCAGCUGAUGUACAGCCAUGGAAUGAACCUCAAGGCUCUUUAAGAGUUCACCUGCGUUACCAUGGGCGUCGUCGUAGCCAUCACCAGCAAGUUCCUGCCAUCCAUCACCAUCUGGCUGAUUGAAGGAAGACUGAAUCUGUCUGCCUCAUCCAAUGAUAUUUGUGUGUCGAAAUUUCUGCUGCUGAACAAUUGUGACAUGUUAUGUUACAGACAAAAUAACCAAUGAGAAGUGUGAUUAUUGUAUGUACACUGUGCUUUCAGUUAAGAUCUUCCUUAUUUUAUAUUUUGUCUUUCAUUUUAGCCAAUUUUGAGCAAAAUAGUUUGAUAGAUUUAUUUGUGUGUAUCAAUACAUUUUAAUUUUGAAUGAUGUACUUGUAAGUAAGUAUGAGUAUAAAGCACUAAAAGAUAAAAAUAAAAGCCUUUACACCACUGGAAUGUUCAUUAAAGCACAAGCAGAUAGGCUAUGGUGUUCAGGAUAAUGUUUCACAACAUA